AUGAGCUCGGAGCCCCACUACCUGGCCGCCUCCUCCUACCGCAAGAUCUUCGGGGAGCCCCCUCGGCCGCCCGCCGCCGCCUCCCGCCCGGGCGGCGCCCGGGGCCCCUCGCUGCCCCGCAGCCAUGGGCUCCCGCUGGGCGCCCCCCGCCGGGCCGAGGCGUGGCUGGACCUGGGCCGCGGCGGCGAGAAGCAGCAGCUGCAGGGGCUGAACGGCCGCUUCGCCAGCUACCUCGAGCGGGUGCGGCAGCUGGAGCAGCAGCACCGGCUGCUGGAGGCCGAGCGGGGCGCGCUGCGGCAGCGCCAGGCCGAGCCCUCCCGCCUGGGCGAGCUCUUGCGGGGCGAGCUGCGGCAGCUGCGGGCCCAGCGGGAGGAGGCCGGGGCGGAGCAGGCGCGGGCGGCGCGGGCGCGGGAGCAGCUGGCCGGGGAGGUGCAGCGCCUGCGGGCGCGCUGCGAGGAGGAGGCGCGGGGCCGGGCCGAGGCGGAGCAGCGCGCCCGGGCGCAGCAGCAGCAGGCGGACGGGGCGGCGCGGGCCCGCCUGGGGCUGGAGGAGAAGGUGGAGGCGCUGCGGGAGGAACUCGCCUUCCUGCGCCGGGUGCACGAGGAGGAGCUGGCCGAGCUGGCGGCCGCGCUCCAGGCCGCCCGGGCCUCGGUGGAGCCGGAUCUGGCCAAGCCGGACCUGAGCUCGGCGCUGCGGGAGAUCCGCGCCCAGUACGAGUCGCUGGCGGCCAAGAACCUGCAGGCGGCCGAGGAGUGGUACCGCUCCAAGUUCGCCGACCUCCACGAGCAGGCGGCGCGCAGCAGCCAGGCCAUCCGGGCCGGCCGCGAGGAGAUCCACGAGUACCGCCGCCAGCUGCAGGCCCGCACCCUGGAGGUGGAGAGCCUGCGGGGCGCCAACGAGUCCCUGGAGCGGCAGAUCCGGGAGAUGGAGGAGAGGCACGGCGCCGAGGUGGGCGGGAUGCAGGACAGCAUCAGUCAGCUGGAGAAUGACUUGAGGAACACCAAGAGCGAAAUGGCUCAUCAUCUGAGGGAGUAUCAAGACUUGCUCAACGUUAAAAUGGCUCUGGAUAUAGAGAUCGCUGCAUACAGGAAGCUGCUGGAAGGUGAAGAGACACGUUUUACCACUGGAAGCAUCAGCAUUUCGGCUCUGAAUCCACAUUCUAGCCCCAGUUAUUCUUUCCAGCCCAGAGUCUUCAGUUUACCUGUGGCCACUGUCUCAAAAAUAUCUCCUACUCUGUCUUUUAAAAAAGAAGAGAAAGAGGCGGCUUCUAAAGUGUCCUCAAGUUCAUCUAGUCAGAUGAGGGAGAGCUUUGCUGAAAUGAUUGAGGAGACCGUAAUGUCUACUAAGAAAACCGAGCAAUCAAACCUGGAGGAAGGAAACAUUACAAACCAAAAAAUGUAACCUUUGAAAUUAAUAGAAUUAGCAUUUAAGGGGGAACAAUAUACACUAGACCUUUCAACUGUCUACACCUGAAUUAAUGCGCUUGUCACCCAAUAGAAAUGUCCCAGCGCUUCAGCAUCAUUAGAAAUAGUACAUCCCACACUCUAGCCGGGAGCAAUUAAAUGACAGAGGGAUCUCAAAGCUUAGGCUGAAAUUGGAGAGGAUGGCAAACUGGGUAACUACAUCUUCUGGGGUCAUCACGAUUAGUUAAACCAAAUCACACACUAAGGAACUCUUCACUCCAAAGCCAACACAAUCUACCUGCAUUCAUGGCUGCUCCUGAUGUACGUCUUACACAUGUUAAGGCUAUUUCCAGUUAGAAACUAUACUAGGAGAAGGCUGAAUUUGGUCUAUUCUUCACCUUCAAAGCAGUUCCAGGUUUGGAUAGACGGUCUUUGUAGCACCCUGCUCUGCAGUUAGCUAGAUGCAUGUUAAUCACUUCUGUGAUUGCAUAGUGACUCGUUGUGUCCAUAUCACCUCAUUCCAUCUGGUAGCCAAUGGGUUAAGAAAAAGAUAUUGAUUAGAAUUGACAGUGCCAACUAGUCAUAUGGUUUUUUUAAAAAAAAAUUUUUGGGCUAUAAUUAGUUUUUUGAUUAUGGGCCUUGAUCUAUUCUAAAAAUCAGCAGAAUACAAAAACCAAACCUUCAACAACCCCAAAUCUUGAGCUGUAGCCUAUCACUUUAAGUCGAGAAGCACAGGACAUUCUGAGGUAUGUCCAGCCUGACUUUUGCACUAGCAGUAAGCUAUAGGGUGCAUACAUUUCUGCCAACUGACUGUUUCUAUAGUUUGGUGGCAUUAGUCUGUCCAUACUCUCAUGAGAAGAGGUUUAUCAAUAGCACACAUAAAUUAGGAGAGUUUCCUUCGUAUAUUUAAAAUGUGUACACACUCCUGCACUAUAAAAUCACAAGUGGAUCUCACUGGCUCUUCCAGUGCAUUUCUGGUGAUGUGUUGGAAGAUGCAUAUUUUUUUGUCUUCGGUAUUCAGACUCAGAAGCAACACAGCCGCACAAAAACUCCACUUCCUCUUGAUAAAUAGACACCAACUGGUGCUGUGAGGUAAUAGGAUUAAAAUAAUUCCAACUUCCACCAUACCUUUACACAUGAACAGUCAUGGACUCAAAGGUGACCAUAACAGAGAUUCUAGUCACUUGAAGGAUGGAUUCACACCCACUGUUUUUCCAAAGGAAGGGAUUCUGGUAGGGUAGCAUUUCACCUUCCAUUUCAAUCUGCCAAACUUUGUUACUGUAUGUGUCUCAGUCUACCUGUUCCAAUGUGUGCCAAGUUCAAUAUAGGAUUUACUUCUGCAGGUUUUUCCAAUGCCUUAAAAUCGCCAGCGAUCGCUUUUGCAAGAGCUGAAGACUGUGUUUGUUGUGUGUUUGCCAAAGCACUGUGCCAUUCUGAGGUUAUGAUCUCACAAAACCUUGGUGUCAGUGUUGCCAGGAUAAGCUCCUGGAAAUAGAACAUUUGUUUGCUCACACUUUUCCUCUUCUACUGUAAGG